CUUCCGGCGGGGAGAGGCGCCGCUGCGGACCGGGGCCGGGCUGGGCGGUUGAAGGCGCUAUGGCUCUGCCGGGUGGAAAUAAGGAUAACAUCAGAGCAGGAUGCAAGAAAUGUGGCUACCCUGGUCAUCUGACAUUUGAAUGCCGAAACUUCCUCCGAGUAGAUCCUCAAAGAGAUAUUGUUUUAGAUGUUAGCAGCACUAGCAGUGAAGACAGUGAGGAAGAAGAACUACAGAGAUUGCAAGCCAUGCGUGAAAAAAAGAAUUUAAAUGAGGAGGAAGAAAAAAAGAAACAAAAAAGAAAAAACAAAGAAAAAACAAAAUUAAAGAGACCAAGGAAAAGAUCUUCCUCAUCAAGUACGGCUGAAGAGGAUGGGCCAAAGCCAAAAAAACAAAAAUCACAUAAAAAAGAAAGGGAAAGGGAAAAAAAGAAUAAAUCUAAGAAAGGAAAACAUCAUAAAAAGGAGAAAAAGAAGAGACGAAAGGAAAAAAGUUCAUCUUCUGAUAGUUCAGACAGUUCUAGUAGUGACUGAGGUGCUGGGCUAUUUUUGCGCUCACUGCUACAGAGAAGAUGAUUUUCCUUUCAAAUCAAUUUUAUUUAUGCUUUGCAAUGCUGGUGUUUUAAAAUGAGAUCUAUAUAUAUUUUUAAGAAAUCUAUUUGCAAAUAUCAGUGCUUCAAAUUUUUAAAUGGACCAUUUGGGAAAAAAAAUGCUCUUCUAUUUCAAGUUUAUUAGUACUGUCCCAUGUAAGCUUAACUAGUUUUUCACUCUUAGUUCAGCUGUGAUUAGUUGUGUUUGGAAUCCUUUACACUAGGAUAUGAUCAACUUCAGUUUGCAAGUCCUUGUGUAGAAAGAUUUGGACUUAUAUUCUUACUGUCAGAAUGGUGAAAUUAAAUUUGGAAAUUCAAGUGAGAUUUUCUAUUAUGUUAUCUUUUAAAUAAAUGUAUGUUUUACAUACAUACUUACAUACAUUAAUCAGUAAGUGCAAAUAUGUAGUAGGGUUCAGGUCCAGAGAAUGUAAAGAAUGGGCAAUGAGAAGCUAAAAGAGAUUGCUCCUUCAAAAUUAUCUUCUAAUAUUAAUAUAGUCAUAGACUAUGAAACACAAUUACACAUUCUUUUGGCAAGAUCCGUGUGAGCAAGCUCAAAACAAACAAAACUGUUGAUUUUCCAAAGUCCUUUCUUUUUGCCUAGGUUUUGUUCUUUUACAAUUACAGCCAUUUCAUCUUUGACAUAGAUAUAAAAUGCAACUUCCUAACACUAGAUGGCUGUCCAGCAAGAUUGUUUACAAAACUGUAAGAACUGUGUUAGUACAGUACGUGGUAAUUAAUGCCUACAUGAACUAAAACAGAAAAUGCAAAGACUGACAAUUGACAAGAAUUAUGAAUCCUCCAUUCUAAUAAAAAUCCCAUUGUAAAGUGAAACAAACAAACAAGCAAACCUUUUGUGGAAUGUGUGCAAUCUGCCAUGUUGAAGUUGGUAGCAAAAUUUACCUUUUGCUAUUGGGAGCAAUGUUAAGCAUGUCAAAAUUUUAUAGCUGGAUUCUGGGGUAUCCAAUUCAUAUCUUGUACUGUGGUAGGGUACAGGUUCAAGACAGACUGAUACUUUUCAGUUGAGCAGAUUUUAGAUGCUUAAUCCUAUCCCAGAAUUGCCUAAACCUCAAAGUGCCUACGUUUACAGCUUCUUGAAAUUGCGUGUUCAUGCUUAUGAUUUUGGUUUUUCUUUUGCUUAGACGUAGAACUGCUUCCACCUGAGCAGCUUGGCAUACAGCUGCAGUGUAAGUCUCAUGGGAGUCAAAAGAGGAGGAAGAGCAACACCAAAACUUUCUUAACAAUAAUACCCAUUGCCUGUGUUUUUGACAGUGGGUUAUAACAUUGAGUCGGUACAAAAUGUUUUAUGGUAUUUUAAUGGUUACUGCAUUUGACCUGAAAGUGAGAUAGCUAGAUCUAACUCUGUCUUUCAAACUUUAGUGUCUCAGACCAAUACCCUUAUCAUUGUGCAACUCGUGCUGUAGAUGCUAUGCUAGGGAACAUUAAAGAUCAAAAUACUCGUGGAAGCCUGUUGUGCUUUUAACCCAGCCAGCAGCCAAACACCAUGCAGUUGCUUGUAUCUCUGCAAACCGACUUUAUACACUUUCUCCUUCAGCAGCUUCUGCGACCUAUCAUGUGAGGCUCCACGCAGUGGCCUUCCACCUUCAAUGCUUUCCUACAAUGCGACAGGACCUGUCAGUAAACAAGGCAUGUUGCUUCUCA